GAUAUUCAUAUAACUAAUAAUAAAAAUACUUCAAGUUAAAUAAAGAAAAAUUUUAAAUUUUUGCGGUGAUAAUAAUUUUUAUACAAAGAAAUUUAAAUAAUAAAUAUAACCAAGAUUGUGAUUUUUAAAACAUAUAAAUGUAUAUUUAAUAUAUUAAUAAGAAAAUUUUUGCUACAAAAAAAAAAUUUACACCAAGUCUUAUAAAUGAAAAGAAAUUGUCUGAAUUUAAAUAAAGAAUAUCAGAAAGCGUACGUGACGUUAUAUGCCGCAGAGCAUUAAACAUUAAAAAAAAAGUGUCAUUGCAAAUUUAUAGAAAAGUAAAAGAAAAUAAAUUUGCUUUUUAAACAAAAGGAACUGUGAUUUUUUUGUUAAAUAUAUAUAUUUUUUUAACAAAAUACAAGAGAAAACGUGCAUUUAAAACAUUUUUUUUUUUCAAAAAGAAAAGAACUUUUUUGAACAUUUUUAUUUUGUUACUAAAGCAAAAUUAAUCCAGAUAAAAUGGAAAUAUUAUCUGUGCAAAAUCAAUAUCCCGAACGUUUUAGUAUUAUUAGUAAUACAACAAAAACAAAAGAUUGGUCUACUUCACUGCAGACCACUCAUUCAACAACAAAAACAGAUGUUAAUACAACAAUAAACAGCAACACAAACACUACAACAACAACCAGUGUUAAUAAUAACAGUCCAAACUAUUUGGCUGAUGAAGAACUCUUAUACUGUGAUAAAUUCGAACUAGCGGCUAUAAAUGAUUUGGCCAGCCGUUUGCUCGAAGAAUUACGUGCAGCAAAAUCUCGUAAUCUAACCUGCACCGAAGUCUCAAUACCCUGUGAUCUCACCACACGCAUAGCGUCCGAAAUCAUACGUGUCUCCGAACGUGAACCCUGCGGCAUACGUGGUUGUACACUCUAUAUAGAAUUCGAAGAAGAACCACAAAAUUCAAGACGCAUUGGCACCCUUAAGGUAGACCACGAAAUGGUAUCCACAUUUGAACUCUAUCUUACAUUGCGCCAAGAUAAACGCGGCUGGGCGUCAUUGUUGCCACAAUUCAUGAAGAACUUAUCGCGCAGCAUAACAAUAAGUCCCGAAUUCAGUUUGACCAAACAUAAAUUGUAUUCGCCCAAUGAAAGCAGUUAGUUUGCUUGGCAACUGCAAUGGCUCCCAUGGCUGCUAUUAGCUUUUAUUGUUUAAAUUCGAACAACCCCACCUCUUAUGGCAUACAAAAAUCAACUCAUCAUUUAAUAAAGAAACAACCCGCUCAUCGUCAUCGACAGACAUCAUAAUCAUCAUUAUUAUUAGCAUUAUCUUAAUACUAAGUAUAAUACUAUAUAUAUAUAGGAAUCAAACUACCAACCAACCAACAAACAAACAAACAUUUUGCUUCAUCUUUUUUACAUGGUAAAAAUUUUUAAGCUUUGUAAGCUAAAAUUUCAAUAACUCUAAGUAC